AUGAGCCAAAAGGCAGGAUUUGUAGUCCGCAUCAGAGAUGCAUUGUUCAAAUCGUCGCUAGCUAGGAAUGCACCAGCGGUUUUCCCCCACAGGAUUAGAGAUUUUGAAGUAAAACCUGGUGAGAAAUGGGUUAUCUGGGGUCCCGGUAAAGGUCAAUUCAUGAAUAUUCUGAGCAACAAGUACUUAUCAGAUCCACCGCUGUCGUUACAAUUUGGUGUUGGUGGGAAAUAUCCUCGAGUAGAACAGGUUUUGUUUAAAGGUGUGAUGCCAACAGCACAUCUAAGUGCAAGAUACGAAUACUUUAAGGAUGAAUUUGAUGUUACUUGUAAGAAAUUUAUCCUUGAUAAUGCUGUUGGAUCCAAUAACGUCUCGUACGAUGUCGCCAAGACUGACAGAGAAGUCGAUAUGGCCCUUUAUGACAAAUUGAUUGAUUCCUUGCAAUUGACCGAUCUACAAGAUAGAUGGGCAAUGGGAUUGAGUAAUGGACAGAUGAGAAGGGCUAGAUUGGCAUAUAGUCUUUUGAAGAAGCCUGAUCUUAUGCUUGUCGAUGAUCCAUUUUUAGGGUUAGAUCCGACGGCUACCAAGAUUAUUUCUGAGUUUUUAGCAAAUUACGAUUUACCUAUUAUCAUUGGACUUCGUUUCCAGGAUAAAAUCCCCAAUUGGUGUACACACGUAUGUUGUGUGGAGAAUGAUGGCCAAGUUUUAUUCCAAGGGCCUGUAAACCAACACGAUGUACAAAUCAAAGAAUUGAGAGAUUCUCGUGUGAGUAGUAGGUACUCUGAGAAUAUGGGUUCUUCAGAUUUGGAAGGACUAAUAUCUGGACAUCCGUUGUUUGCCACGAAACCGAACGUUCCUCAUUUGGAACUAAGGGGACUUGAUGUUAAAUACAGAGGUCAACCGGUUCUUUCCAAUUUACAUUGGAAGGUGGAACUGGGAUCUCGUUGGCACGUUCAGGGCAAUAACGGUAGUGGUAAGUCAACGCUUCUGUCACUGAUUACUGCAGAACAUCCUCAGUCGUGGAAUAGUAGAGUUGUAGAGCAUGGUACACCACGUAGAACGGGCAGCUCAAGCUAUUUUGAUAUCAACAAGAACAUAGGCAUGUCAGCACCUGAAUUGCAUGCGAUCUUCUUGAAAAACUGUGGAGAUCGCCUCAAUGUCAGAGAGUCAAUCGCUACUGGAUUCCAUGAAGCCUCCAAUAAUAAUUUUACACCAAUAUGGUCAAAAUUGAACAAAGACCAACAAACCAUGGUGGAAAAAUUUAUCAAAUAUUUUGAUCUACCAUCUGAUAAACUAUUCGGGGAAUUGAGUGUAAGCGAUCAAAAAUUGGCACUUUUUGUAAGAAGUAUCGUUAAGAUGCCAAAAUUGUUGGUGCUUGAUGAAGCGUUUUCGGGUAUGGAAUUAGAACCUAUGUUAAGAUGUCAUGAAUUGUUGAAUCACUGGCCAGGUACUACAAUGGUGGUAUCACACGUCCCAGAGGAAACGCCAAAAUGUCAUCACUAUUUGAGAUUAGUAUCUCCAGGCGUAUACGAUAUUGGUCAAGUACGGUGA